AUGGGCCCAGAUAUUGAUUCCACCAGUGAUUUUCACACACGAGAUGUCGUUAAAAUGCUGCCAGCCGCGGGCCACUCGCCCACCGAGUCUUUCGCCUUCGAAGGGGAUUGCUUAGCUACCUCAGAACAAGAGGCGGGAGGAGAUACGCUCGUACAAAUGAGCAAUCUUCGGUGGUUCGGCGUAUGCGUUGGGCUGUACUCGACCGCCUUCCUGUAUGGACUGGACUCGACGAUCUCUGCUUCUGUGCAAGGCCCUGUGCUGGAGUCUCUUGGUGACCUGAACCUGCUACCGUGGAUCGGUACUGGAUUUAUGCUCGGCUCCGUGGCCACCAUCUCGCUGUUCGGCUCGUUGUACAGAAAGAUAGAGGUCAAAUGGCUGUAUCUAGGUAGUAUCCUCACCUUUGAGGUCGGCAGUGCAAUUUGUGGUGCAGCUCCCAACAUGAGUGCCAUAGCUGUCGGUCGAGUCGUGGCAGGAAUAGGUGGCGCUGGUAUCUAUCUUGGAGGUAUAAACUACAUCUCCAUGUUUGUGACCCCAGCCAAACGGUCAUUCUACACUGCUCUAAUCGGAACAUUCUGGGGUCUCGGCGCCAUCCUUGGACCCGUCAUCGGCGGGGCGUUUGCUCAGAGUAAAGCAACCUGGCGUUGGGCCUUCUAUAUAAAUCUCUUUUUCGGAGCAGUUACUGCCCCAAUUUACAUCUUCUGGUUUCCGCGCUACGGCGCACAUCGCCACGAGAAGAUACUUCCGCGGAUCAAGAACAUUGACUGGCUUGGCGCCUUGCUUAAUGCCGCAAUGUUCUCCCUCUUCGUUACUUCGUGUACGCUUAGCGGCUCUCCGCGGCCAUGGAACUCGGGCUCAAUCAUCACCCUCUGGGUCAUGACUGCUGUUAUCACCAUUCUUUUUGCACUUCAACAGUGGACUGCAUUCUUGACGACGGAAGAAGAUCAAAUCUUUCCAGUGUGGUGCCUCAAAAGUCGGACACUAGUCCUAUUGUAUAUUGGGACCGCCGGCACCAGUGCCGUCAUGAACGUCAACAUCUACUACCUGCCUCUCUAUUUCCAAUUCACAAACGGAGUUGGCCCUAUCGAGGUCUCGGUUCGCAUUCUGCCCUUCGUAUGUCUCAUAAUCUUUAGUAGCCUUGUCUCUGGAACGCUUUUGCCGAAAUUCAACGUUUACACCGCUUGGUACUUCGCUUCCGGCAUAAUUGCCUUAGUCGGGAGUGCGCUCUUGAUGCGAAUCUCCGCUUCAACACCUGCGAGAGAUAUCUAUGGAUAUGAAAUCCUGGUAGGGGCUGGGUGUGGUCUGACCUUCCAAGCUGCUUACGCGAUCGCUCUUAUCAAGUCUCCGGGGAAAAAGGCAACAUCGGUUCUUAGCUUCAUCAACGUGGCACAAUUGGGUGGUGCAGCUAUAUCAUUGGCAAUAGCAGGGGCAUUGUUUCACAAUGUUGGUUUCAAUACCAUGCAAAGCGCCCUCAGCGGGAGGGGGUAUUCCUCCGCUGAAAUUCAUGAAGCCCUUGGCGGCGGAUACUCGCCCAUCAUCAGCGAUAGCCCUCCUGAGGUGCGUGCCAUUGCGGUAAAUGCCAUCGCAAGCACCCUCGCCAAAGUCUAUACCUUAUCAGCCGUGGGAGCUGCGGCAGUGCUCCUGGCAGGGGUUUUGAUGCCGUGGGAGAAGUUGAAAAUGAUCUGA